CAACGAAGAAGAAGAAGAAGCAGGCAAAGAAGAAGAAAUAACCGGAAGUACUUGGCUGCUGCGGUGCUGCUAAUGGCUAACCGCUUUGACAGCCCAGAUUUUGACAAAUGGAGGAUCAUAAUUAUCAUUUAGCAGAAGAGAAAGCGAAGGAGCGGGAACUGUCACCGUCACGGAAGCGGAAACACAAAGAAGAAAAACGGAAUCGGGUCAUUCGGCUGCAGAAAACGAGGGUAAACAUCGGUGUGGCCUUUCCUAAAUGGAAAUCUCUGAUGAGGGAAAAAUGUUUUCAAAGUGACGCUGACGUUGCUUGUUUUCUGUUGGAAAGCCACGCGAGAAGCAUCGCAGCACCGACGACCAUGAAGAGAAAACCUUCACAGGUCACAGCUCCAGCAGUGUCGAGCUCUGGAUCUUCCAGUGGGACAGAAAGUUUUGGACGGCUUUACAAGAGAAACGGCAAAAUCUACAGCGUCUACACCCUGAAAUCUGAUAAAGCCUCCGGACACCUCUCUGAGUGGCAAACAAGGAUUGUGAAGAGGAGGAUCACAGGUGAAGAGGGGAUGCCUCAGUGGAGGAACCUUCAAACAGAUGAAGAGCCCAGAAGGCUGGAUGUGGUGCCCCCCACACCUGCAGCAGCCACAUCAGGACUGGUCCAGAGACCUGUCGGGACAGAUUCAGAUGUCCAGCAGCUGUUGGUGAUUCAAGAUGUUCCCCCUGAGUGGAGCCCCAGCCUGGACCAGGAGGACCCAGGGCCCCUCCAAAUAAAAGAGGAGCAGGAGGACCCAGUGCCCCUCCACAUAAAAGAGGAGCAGGAGGACCCAGAGCCCCUCCACAUUAAAGAGGAGCAGGAGGAAGUGUGGAGCAGUCCAGAGGGAGAGCAGCUCAGUGGGCUGGAGGAGGCUGAUAUCACCACGUUCACUUCUGUUGCUGUGAAGAGUGAAGAUGAUGAAGAGAAACCUCAGUCCUCACUGCUUCAUCAGAGCCAAACGGAGGACAGCAGAGAGACAGAGCCUCCAACCAGCAGCUCAGCUACGCAGAUAAAAACAGAAACUGAUGGAGAGGACUGUGGAGGAUCAGAAUCAGCCAGGAACUUUGAUCCACAUGGUCAUUCACAACCAAAUACUGAUGAUGAGAAGGCUUCAGACUCUUCUGAGACUGAAGACAGUGACAUUGAUUGGCAGGAACCCAUGUCAGAUUCUGGGUCUGAGACUGAAGACAGUGUCAGUGGUUGGAAGGAGACCAGGACAGCUGAGUCUGCUGUAAAUGUUCUGAAAUAUAAAGAAGCCCCUGUGAGUGAUGACGGAUGUGACACUGGCAAAAAAUCCUUCAGCUUCUUUGACUGUACUAAACGAUGUUACCACAGAGGGUUUCUGCAGAGACACAUGAAAUCUCAUUUUGGAAAAAGGNAACCAGCAGCUCAGCUACGCAGAUAA